AUGGCUCCAGGCGGUGCUUCAGCCUCCUCGACUGGCUCACAGAAACCGUCUCCGUCACGCAUCCAGAGCCGUUUUUCUUCUUUGUUCGAACCUGAAGCAGGCAGUGACGGCGGCACCAAACCUGGUCGCGACAGCAAGGACGGCUUUUCCGCCGCCCAUGAACCCCUUCAUCCAUCGAAUCUCCCGUCGAGGAGGUUAUUGCGGAAAAAGUCUUUGCUAAGCCUGAAAAACCGCUUUGGCUCCAGCUCAAGUGUCACCAAGGCCAGCUUGCCCUCGCCCUCGCCUUCGCCGUCGUCGCCCUCGCCCUCGCCCCCGUCGCAGCCGCAUUUGUCGGAUGGCAAAGGGUCCUCGCCGCCUACAGCUGGGCCCACGCCUGCAAGGAGAACGAGUCUGAGGCAGAGCCUUGCCAGGCGACUUCCGCAAACCCCCUUUGCUUCAUCGAAUUCUGCCGUCUUGUCAGCUGUCGAAUGCGACGGUUCGGUUGCGACUUCCCCGGCACGAUCCACUCAUCCGAGAAUGAAUCGUGGCUCAAGCGCAAUGGACCCCUCCAGCUCCUCUGCUGCUGCAGGCUUGAUAUAUGGCAGCCGAGAUGGGAACACGCAGGCCUUGAAUAGCAGCAUGACCAGUCUGACCAACUCCGUCAGGCAGGAUCCGAAUGGCGACGCUGCAAGAGAAGGCCCACCACAAAGGGGUACUGGACCAGCUUCCGCUGCGCCGUCGCCAGCCGUAGGGCCAGCAGAGAGGCUGGUCGGUGCGGCUGCGGCUCAGGCUUCUUCAACACAUUUAUCUGGACUAAUGUGCAACGUACAUCGUACCACAGGACGGGAGCCGCCUCCCCUGGUUGGUGCCACCACGACUAUACUCGGAGACAAAUUGUAUGUCUUUGGGGGCAGGAUUCUGUCGAGGAGUCGUCCUGCUCCCUUGACAUCUGACCUCUACCAGUUGGAUCUCAUCUCGCGCCACUGGAUUAAGCUAGAAACCGGGGGGGAAGUGCCCCCUCCGCGGUAUUUUCACUCCAUGUGUGCACUCGGUGAUACAAAAAUGGUUUGUUACGGCGGCAUGUCCCCAACGUUGAAUCCAAACCAACCAUCACCGUCAAUGCAAGAUCAGCAGCAGCAGCAAGCCGAGGUUUCCGUUAUGUCUGAUGUCUACAUAUACGACGUUGAAGCGCAAAAAUGGACCCAUCUCCCCGCCCAAGACGCACCGCAGGGACGCUAUGCUCACUGUGCUUGUAUCCUUCCUUCAUCAACCUCCUUCUCGUCGAGUCGAGCUCCUCUUGCCGCCUUGCAACAUAACCCAUCAUCCUCGAACCCAAACGAAGGCCGGAUCGGCAUCAACAUUGACGGAACCGGCGGUGCCGAAAUGGUCAUUGUGGGAGGCCAGGAUGGCUCCAAUCAUUACAUUGAACAGAUUAGUGUCUUCAACCUUCGAAGCCUCAAGUGGACGUCGACUCAACCGCUCGGCAAGAGCUGCGGCGCCUACAGAAGCGUCGCCGCGCCUUUACCGCCCUCGGCCUCGGGAAAGGUCGGCAAGGUAUACACCAACGGAAGCCUAAGCGGGAUCCACGACGGCGGCGGCGGCGGCGGCGGCGGCGGCAUGCACCAGGAAGCGCGCGAAUCCGGCUCAUCCAUGCUGAUCUACUCCAACUACAACUUUCUGGACGUCAGACUCGAACUGCAAAUCCGCGCGCCAGGUGGCACGUUGGCGGAACGGCCCAUGUCGGGAACGUACUCCCCUCCUGGGCUGCGCUUCCCCAACGGGGGGGUCAUUGACACGCACUUUGUGGUGAGCGGAACAUACCUGACGUCCUCCAAGCAAGAGUACGCUCUGUGGGCUCUCGAUCUUCGGACUCUGACCUGGAGUCGGAUCGAUGCCGGGGGCAGCGUGUUUAGCCAAGGCAGCUGGAAUCGCGGCGUCUUGUGGAACCGACGGAACACCUUUGUCAUCCUCGGCAAUCGAAAACGGAGCCUCGUGGACGACUACAACCACCGACGGAUCAACUUUUCAAACGUCUGCAUGGUGGAGUUGGAAGCGUUCGGGUUCUACGACAAUCCGCGCAAGAGUAGCCCAAUGUCGGGAUUCAUAUCCGCGAGCAGCCCUUAUUCCGGCCCCGGGUUGAGCUUGACGCGCAAAGCUGGGUAUACUGCUGGCGGCCGCUUCCACUCGAAGGCCAGCGAGGAGUUGGGCGAGAAGGCGCUCGCGAUGCGCGAGCUUGCCGACAUGGACAUUUUGUGCAUUGGCGGGGAGAGAAUACCGGUCAACUCCCGGAUCGUGUCGCGGAGGUGGGGGCCCUACUUCGUGCAGCUGCUGCGGGAAGGAACUGCAACUCAGGACGGGAGCGAUGCAGUCACGUUGAGAGCUGCUGGGUUGGCGAGCAAUCCACUUCGGGCCUCGGCAGUGACCAUUACGCCCGGCUUCAAGGACGCAGCUCAGCCACCACCUGCUUCGUCGGGCGGCGCAGACAUGCUCCCGACAUUGAUGGCCGGAAGCAACGGGUCAGGGUCAAAUCCGAGUGGCGGCGGAUCGUCUAGCAUAGCCGAUGCCGCAGGGGACGCCUCUUCCGGUUCUCAGGCAGAUGGCCUCGACCCAGCGGCCGUGAAUGCCGCCCCCACGCCUCGAUCGUUGCCGCCCAACUCGAGGCCGCGAUGCCUGUACCUGCCCCAUACGUGCCUGACCGUGCAGGCUUUGCUGCAAUUCCUGUACACGAGCUCGUUGCCCCCUCCGACGUCGCCGCUGUGCACACCUCAGAUCCUGUGCUCUCUGCUACAGAUUGCGCGGCCCUACCGCGUCGACGGCUUGUUGGAGGCCGUGGUAGAGCGUCUGCACGGGCUCUUGGACAGCCGGAACGCGGCGGCGGUUUUCAACGCGACGGCCAUGGCUGCUGGCGGAGGUCGCGGUAUUGACGGGUCCCUGAACCCCAACUUCUUCGUCGGCAGCGCGGACCCCGUCAGCUCGGCAGUCUCCAUCUCGGACUUUUCGCUGGGGGGCCCGACUGCCGACGGAUCCAGGACGGACCCGAGCGGGGGCCCAGCGUCUGGCCCGAGCAUCAAUCCCAACAACGCUGCGCAGAAGCCGGGGCGGCCGCUGAGCGGCGAGGUCUCGGCUUCCCCGAGCGCGAGCGGGUCCGAGCCAGGCUCCGAGCCGGGCUCCGAGCUGGGAGGCAGUGACGGCGACAUGAGUUUUGUGUGGAACGGCGAGCUCAGCAGCGUCAUCGGGCUGCAGAAGCGCGGCCUGCGAGGGCUGAUGGAGGGACGCCGGAUGCGCGAGAGGACCGGCACGGGCGGCGCCGCCUUUUUGCCAGGCCAGCAGCAGGGGCCAAGCGGCCAACAACGCGUGGGACUGGGCAUUGCUGGGACAUGA